AGGAACACUUUGCAACACGUCAGCUGGCUAUACUAAUUGAGUCAUGGGGGCUUUGUUUGGGAAAAGUAGCAAAAAAACGGCUCCUAGCCGAAUAACCGACCAGGACAAGGCGGUUUUACAACUCAAGCAGCAACGGGAUCGCCUGAAGCAGUACCAAAAACGCAUAGAACUGCAACUGGAAAAUGACAGACUGCUGGCCAGGAAGUGUCUCCAACAGGGUCGCAAGGACCGGGCCAAGUCUUUGCUGCGAAAGAAAAAGUACCAGGAAAGUCUCUUGACCAACGCGGACAAGCAGCUGGAGAACCUGGAGAAACUAGCCGCCGACCUGGAGUUUGCCCAAGUUGAGAUGAAGGUGCUGGAUGGCCUCAAGGCAGGCAAUGCAGCCCUGAAGAAGGUGCACGAUUUGCUGGACAUAAACGAGGUGGAACGCAUCAUGGACGAGACGCGAGAGGGAAUCGAAAAACAGCAAGAGAUCGACGCUAUACUGACGGAUGUGCUAACGGAGCAAGACGAGGAGGAUGUGCUGGCCGAAUUGGAUGCCCUCGAGGCCGAGGAGGACCAGCAGAAAACUGCACAACUGCCAGACGUGCCCACCGAAGAUUUGCCUGUUCCUGCGGAAAACGAACCCGAAACGUCGGAGGAGCCUGAAAGGACCAAAGCAAUAAGCAGCAAACCCAAAAAAGUCUUGGUCGAGGCCUAGAUAUAGCUAUACACACUUCUUAACUAAUGCCAUUUUUUAUAUGUAUAUAUAGCCUUUCAACUAAAUAUUUCGUUAAGUUCAAUGUGAAAUACAUAUUUUUAUAGACUGUAA